AUGUUGUCCUCCAUAUCGGCCGCCUUUUCAGCGGCCCCCGAAGGUGCACAGCAGCGGCCUCCUCGCUAUGCCGGCGAAGACACCACACCGACGGGUCGCCGGGAGAUAUUGGGCUGGUAUUCAUAUGGCAUCGCGGCGGAAGUCUUUGCUGUCUGCGGCGUAGGCUCGUUUCUACCACUUACGCUGGAACAAUUAGCGCGUGAACGCGGCACUCUCCAAAAAAGCCACCUACCAUGCAUCGGACCCUCGGCAGGCAAUAGCACGGAUGACGCCGCCAACGGCCAGUGUGUGGUCCCUAUCUUCGGCCUCGAAAUCAACACAGCGAGUUUCGCCAUGUAUACUUUCUCUUUCGCGGUGCUUAUUCAGGCAUUGACGUUGAUCUCAUUCAGCGCGCUUGCAGACUACGGUAUGGUUGCAGAAACGAGGAGCUGA